GUGUUAUUUUUCUUUAAGAUCAGAACACACACUAAUGUACAUACUCUUGAACCUCUCACUCUUGUCACCAUCUACUCUCCUCCUGACCGGGCCCUCUUACAAGACUCAAGCGACACAUUCUAUUCCUGCAUGCAUUGUGGGGAAGUAGAGCUUAAGGUAGUUAGGGUUCCAUUCAUCCAGUCCAUCGUUGUAAUGGUUCCAUACGCACUUACAGGAGAGGAGAGAUUCUACAUGUUUGAAAAGCCUGGUAUGGAUCUU